CGUCAUUUACAGUUUGCGCGUGAAGCUGCGUGAGUGACCGUGAGGGCUGAGGACGUUUUGAGCUGCUGAGCUGUACCGAAUUAAAUUAAAUUAAAUGGUUUGAUGCAGUGAUUACUAUUAUGCAGAAAUGACAUCACUGGUUUUAUCAAGAUCAUUAUGUCGCACUCUGCAGUGCUACACUGUUAAAAGAUGUAUUCCUAUCUCCGGUUAUACCUGUAAACCAUUACCUGUGAUAUGUAACCUCUGCGCACCAGCCACAAGAUCACACUCAUCUGAGAUGAAGCAAAGAACAUAUUGGCAGUACCUAAAACGCAAAGUGAUUAAGUCCCCUUCGCCCCCUUAUCAACACGUGUGCCAAGUUGGUGACCCAGUGCUUCGUUCAAAGGCAUCCCCAGUGGACCCUGUUGAGAUCUGUAGCCCGCAAGUCCAGAAAGUGAUCAAAACUUUAGUCAAAGUGAUGAGGAAGCUGGACUGCAUGGGACUGAGCGCCCCUCAGAUUGGAGUCCCUCUUCAAGUGAUUGCUCUAGAAUUCACAGAGAGCAUGCUUCAUGAAAACUCACUGAACGCUAGAGAGAUAAAGGGGUUAGUACCCUUCCCACUAAAAAUCUUUGUGAACCCCAGUGUUCGCAUUCUGGACUCUAGAACCGCAGCGUUUGUGGAAGGCUGUGAAAGUGUCUCUGGAUUCUCUGCCUGUGUUACGAGGUACCAUUCAGUGGAAAUCUCAGGUUUGAAUGAAAGAGGGGAGCCUGUCUCAUGGCAGACCAGCGGCUGGCCAGCCCGUAUCAUUCAGCAUGAAAUGGACCAUUUAAUUGGAGUGUUGUACAUUGAUAAAAUGGACAGCAAAACCUUUGCAAAUGUUAGUUGGAUGGAACUCAAUGAAUAAAAACCAGUAGACAUAUUUGGAAAAAUUGACUUCAACAGGCUUUUUCAUUUAUAUUGUAUACCGUGAUGAGAAGCCUUUUUUCAAUUAGACCAUAAGUAGAAAUUAGAAAACUGCCAUGUGUUGGUCAAAUUACUUAAAGAUAAAGAUGUUUAAGGUGUAGCCCCUAAAAUGUUUUAAUUUCUCACACCCGUAAU